AUGUCACACCUGGGCUAUGGUUUGAGCCGCGCUUAUGCAAUGCUUCGGGUGAUGAUGAUGGCCAGGCCGCUGAGAAGUUCCACCACACCGAAUACCGGGGAUAAUGACCGCACUACACCGUAUCGCCUGCCUGUCUGGUUAGUUGUCGGGGUUUUCAACGUAGAAAGCAAUGCCACGUCGGACACGCUCCGUGAAAUCUCCCUUUUCUUCAAAGAAAGCAACAAUGUAGCGAUCAUCGAUGGCAUGCAUCUGACGCGCCAAUCGCGACAAAUACUGUCGUCGUUUUGCAGCGAAAAGCUGUACCAUCAUCUGUUGAUCGAAUUCAGCUGCAAUGAGAAAUGUUUGCGGGAAAACGUCGAGGACACGGUUCGCUUCUACGCCCAGAAGGAUCAGAACGUGGACUGGCAACGGCGCAUCUGGGACAACAACAAGCUGCACACGCCCCAUUUUGAGCCUUGUACUGCGCUCGAAGGACCUCUGAUUACGGUGAACAAUUCCGAGGACAGCAUGUGCCACUCGGUGACGGCCCGCGGUGUUCGAGGGGCCAUUCAGACGGCGAUUCUUGGAGUUCUGGCCAGCCCGGUGAUACGACAGCAGACGUUCUACUUCAGUAGACAUGGAGAGUCCGAGUACAAUGUCUUGGGACGAAUCGGCGGCGAUGCAGAUCUAUCGCCACGUGGUAUGAAGUACGCAGAGCGGUUGGCUCGACAACUGGGAGGUCCCGGAUCAGCUCCAGAUUGUCCCAAACCAAAAUUGAUCUGGACCUCGGAGUUGCGGCGCACGAUCCGCACGGUGCAGAAUAUCCCGGGGCCACGUACGGCCAUCAAGGAUCUGAACGAAAUCGAUGCCGGCAUCUGCGAGGGCCUGACGUACGAGGAAAUUCAGGAGCGCUUCCCGCAGGAGUUUGCCUGGCGCGACCAGGACAAGUUCAAGUACCGUUAUCCGCACGGUGAAUCCUACCUCGAUCUGCUGCAACGGGUUGAUAGCGUUGUGCAGGCACUGCUAGUUAAUACAGACGUUCUGGUCGUGUCCCACCAGGCCGUCCUCCGAUGCAUUAUGGCGUACUUCAAGGGUACCAAACCAACUGAUGUUCCAUAUAUUAAUGUACCUCUGCAUACGUUGCUUAUCGUGCGUUCGUAUGGUUACGAUUUUGAGGUCGAAACAGUUCCUCUGAAGGUGGAGUGUGUUGAUACGUAUCGUAUCCAACCCAAGAACUGCUCGACGACGCGUACGACCGCCGAUGCUCUCACAACAGUUCCGGCUCACUUCGAUGCCCCGCUGACGCAACAAAAAAUGCCUACUACGAUCAGCUAAAUCAGGAUUCAGAAAUUUUACACAAUAUUCAGGUAGCAGCUUAAAUCAGCGAAAAACAAACUAACAAACAAACAAACUAAUGGGCAAUUCAACUGCAGCUUCCCAGCUACAAAUGUAGGACUUAGAGAAGAAGCACAUCAUUAUUGAGAAACAAAUUUUGAGAAAAACGAUACAGUAUAGAAAAAAAUGGCGCCCUCUAGAGAGAAGUUAUUUGAAACGCGCUUGCAUGCUUGUGCAAUGAGUUUUUAUUAUUGCAAAACAAUCUAGGACGCAAACCAAGCUGAGAGAGAAAGCAGGUGAAAGCUUGCUGUGGUAAAUGUUUAGAAUAAUUAAUUAAACAAAAACAAUUAUUGAAAAAUACUAAUACUGUUCAAAUGUCCCGUUCUUCCAACAUAACUCAAAACAACAAAAAGUAAACAAAAAGUUCGUACAAAUUAUGACAAGUUGGCUGUCGAAUUGGCACUGUUCUUUGAUUCUUAGAAUGAGAAGUCAACAAAAUAGUUUAUCAAAACGAACAGAUCAGGAAUCUUUUAAACGAAACUUUUCUCUUCACCGUUUCUUCAUUAUUAAUUUCAUUUACGAACGUUAAUUUGUUUCAAUAAGUCUAUCAAAUCAGUAAAUUGUGAAUUAAUCAUAUGAAACUUAUGGACAAGGAGAUGCAUUUUAAUAUACACAAAUUUAUUUAAUAGUGAAGUAAAGCUUUAAACAUUCAACAAGCUCGUUGAUUAUAUAACAAAUAAAUAACAAGAUUAAAAAAAAAUGAAAAAAAGGAAAACACACAGACACACGUAGAAAGAAAGCACUUGUCAAGCAGAGAGUUACAGUUUAUAUUCUUAGUUAAGUAAUGUUGAUCAAGUCUCGUAGAGUGUGAACACACAGCGUCACACAAGAAAUGAUAGAAAGUGAAUAAUCUUAACCCAAGUCAGUGAAACGGAAAAACCCGUUUGAAAAAAAUAUAGCAAAAAAAAA